AUGCUUCGACCAACGACGCAGUGGCAGGACGCCCUACGGGACGGCGACCGAGCAACGAAAAGUAAGCUCAAGCCAGCACAUCGAGCCAGCCAGCCACGCCCGGCCAAGGAGCCUCCGCGGGAGCCAUCGGCCGCCGAGCUGCUCAAGGCCUUUGCCCGUGAAAUGGAUGCUGCCAAGACGCCCUUGGCAACAGUGGACCCCAGUCAAGCGGCAAAAGUGUCCUAUGUCGAGCCUGGUGCACGGUACGAGCUACAUCCCAACACAAUCGCUGCCAGCCCGACGUCCAUCAUGGCACCGACGUCCGAGCCUGCUCCGUUGCUCGCACCAACUCCAUUGUCAGCACGACCGCCGCCGCCGCGCCCAUUGACGGCAGCAUCCUCGUAUAUCCGCCCUCCCCAAAGUCCCUUGUCGACGCUCAAGACACAGCGGUCGCUUCUUCACGCGCGGGUCAAGUCGCUGGGCCAUGCAUUGCCCGAGUCUCGGACGCUUCAUGCCUUACGCGAACUGGGAGCCAGCGUUCGGUCGUCGACCAAGAUCCUCGAGGCGACGGCGUCCGAGACAGACCAUGAAGCAUCAUGGCUACACGAGCAGCGUGGUCUGGACAUCCCUCGCUCGCUGCCCCCGAGGCCUCUACCGAUGCCGCACCCGCGUCCGCAGCUACCGACGAGCGCCAAGGACUCGUGGGACGCCAACUUGGCCGACCUCGCAACGAUCCUGAGUCGAUACAAGCACGAGCUCGAGAAGCUCCUCGAUAGUAGCGCUGCCAAGGCGCCGCCAACGACUCCGACCAAGCAGGUUGCGUCAUCGCUGCGACCACGCUGCGUCGACGAUUCCAUGUGGCCUCUGCCUGCGUCCGUCUCGUCGGGCUACCGUCAAAAGCAAGACCACCUUCUCCACGCAGGGCUGCACCACCGACUGUGGUCCUCGAAAAGCUCCAUUGCUGCAUCCACCACCACGAGCAUCUAAGGCAACCCACACGACGAAAACUAAAUCAAACGGUGCAAAGACGCUUAUCAAGCCAUCCAACUACAAAGUACUAGUACAAAUUCCAUACCAAAGCAUCG